AUGACAGAGUUAAUAAAACCAAUAGAUCGCGUAAUUCAAGGCUUUCAUUUUACAGUGUCGAACAUUGUUGUUAAACAAGCAAUUAAUGGAUUUUUCCUUUCUUAUUACAGGAAUUGUACUAAAUUAGGUCUCAAAUCCUCAAAAUGCAAUUUUAGUAUUCAAGGUCAAUUUCUUAAUACAGGCUUAAUCGAUCUUGAAAAGCUCAAAGAGCAUUUCGUUGAAAUUUUUUCAGAUACAGGCGAUGAAUUAAAGAGAAAGUCAUUUAUUUGGUCGACAUUCCCAGCAUUAUGCCAAUACAAUAUUUGCAACGAACCAUCUGCGAAAUCUUUGAAAUUUUUGGAGAUGAAUUUAAAUCAUCCAAACUUACCUGAUCUUAUUGCAUCAAUGUGGAUGAACAAUUCAUCUUUUAUCUACAGUGUAUUCCAAAGCAUCUGUUCUUUUACUAGUGUUGCAGACGAAAAUUUCAAACAAGUCAAAAUUUCGAAAAGCCUUAUAGAAUCAUUCUCCUACCUUACGGACUAUAACAUCAAGGCUUACAAACUCCUCGAAACUGAUGAGAAUAAGAAAAAAUUCUUUGUAAAUAAUUUUUUGCCAAAUCUUAUAGAAGAAUUCGCCCAUUCGCAGUACAAUGAUGUUGACAACUUUGCUGAUGUUAAUUUUGGAGAAAUUUUUGAUGCAGUAAAAGAUGAAAUCGGAAAAGCUUACACAGAGCUUCCCAGCUUCAGAAAUAUAUUCCCAGCUGAAUAUUGCAUCAACCUAAUAUCACAGACAGACUAUUCGAUCCUCUUUGACCAACAAAUUAAGAAACCAGAUCAUAAAAACCUCUACAUCGUUAAGUAUCCGGUAGAAGUGAUCGGAACAAACUUUGAAGAGAUCAAAAAGUCAUCAAAAGAAGAUAAAAGGAUCUUAGAUCAACUUGAAGAAUCGAUUUACAACUUACAGAUGGAUAUGGACCAAUACCAAGCUUCCCUUUUAAGAAACUUCAUUCACAAAGUUAUUCCUUCAGAGAAAAAUAAACUCAAAACUGAUUAUAACUUAAUCAGGAAAAAUAUUCUGGAUUUAUUCAAAACAGGUAUCAAUGCAUCGAUCGGAAAAAUCAUGAAUACCCUCAGAAGCAAACUAAUUACAAAGGAUGAUCUUAAUUCCGAUUCUUGGAUCGCAGAUUUCUUGGAAUUCCACAAUGACGUUGUUGCAAGCGAAAUUCCAGUCUACUAUCCACUUUUAGUAGCAAUAAUUGAGCUGAAGUUCAUGAAAUCUCGUGAAAAUGUUCUUAAUAACUUCAAAUUCAAUGCAGAAAAUGAUCCUCCUACCACAUUCCAACCAGAUUGUCCUUUUAAGAAUGGAGAAACUAAGGAAUGCCUUGAAAAUGCAUUUACAGUGUUGAGUACCUGUUUAAUUAAUUUGAAUACGAACGCAGAUCCGAAUAAAGGUAUUAAAUACAAUGAUGCUGUUUUCUAUUUCGAUACAAUGUAUGACUUCAUUAUAUAUAAACCAAAUCCUGUUUCUCAUGAGAAUUUGAAAGAAAAGAAAUACAUUUCCACAGUUUUCCAGCGUUUAUUCAACUGUCGUCUAUCUUUUGCAAAUUACUUGAAGAGCUUCAGUAACCUCGCAAAGGAUCCUGUCGAAUUCCUCAGAAUACCAAAAGAAAUCGAAGAAAAUAAUAGAAAAUUAGCUGAUAGUUUAUCAAAUGAAUUCUAA